AUGUCUCUCUUCGACCGCCCGGAGAAUGCGCGCGAAGACCGUGAGGGCGCGCAGCUGACGCCGGCGAAGGCUGGGACGAAGCAGAGCCGAAUGCGGUCGCCGUCGUUGUCGACGACGGCGGAAGGGUCGUCGUCGCGACUGCAUGCGCCGAAGCGGGCGCGCAAGGCGAUCAACUGCGAGCCAUGCAGGACGAGCAAGCUCAAGUGCGACAGAAAUCGGCCCUGCUCUUCGUGCGUCCUCAGAGGGACGACCGCGUCGUGCUACCAGGGCCUCGACAGCGACCCCGGCGUCCCCCGCGAAGACCAGCACGUCGACCCCGCACUCGAGCUCUCCCGCAUCCGUCAGUCCCUCAACCUCAUCGAGUCCCACAUCUACCACAACCCUGCCCACCGCCCCGUCUCCGCGGCCGCCAGUCUCCCUAUCCUCCCUGUACUGACGCCCGCGUCCUACCGUCAGCCGCCGAGCAUCGCGGAUGACACGCAGGGCAUGCCCCUGAAGACCGCUGCUACUGCAGAGUCGACAAGCACGCCGGGCAUGCUCGGUCUGCAGGACUCUGGGGGUCUUUACGCCGGCCCAACUAAUCCGGCCUCGCUCAUCACGACAUCAGACCGAGAGGAUUCCAAGUCGCAGAGCCCUGCCCCGUCCCUGGCAGGCCCCAGCUCCCAGGCGGGCGUCAUGGACGGCUUCUCCGCGACGAGCGUCGCGUACGACUCGGACCUGGUCCAGCUGCUCCCGCCCGUGGAGACGAUCGACGGGCUGGUGGAGUACUACUUCGAGUACUGCAACUGGGUGUACCACCACGUGAACGAGGCGACAUUCCGCGCGGCCUGGGGGCGGUUCAAGACGGGCCAGUGCGGGGACCGGGUGGUGCUGGCGACGGCGUGCACGCUGAUCGCGCUCACGGUGCGGUACCUGCCCGCGGGGCACGCGCUCUUCCACGCGCUGCCGGGGACGUGCGAGGAGAUCGGGGAAAAGUACUACGGGCUGAUGCGCACGGCGCUGCAGCGGUACCGAGACGACGCAAAGGGGCUGGUGCGGACGUACACGAUUGAGCUGAUCGAGCUGCUGCUGCUGCGCACGCACUACCUCUCGUUCGCGCAGGAGGAUCCGGAGGAGCCGUGGAGCGUGCGCGGGGAGCUGAUGAGCAUCGCGACCGCGAUCGGGCUGCACCGGGACCCGGGCAAGAGUCGGUUCGACGGGGCGGAGGCGGAGCGGCGGCGGUGGGCGUGGUGGCACAUCAUGGUGCUCGACCGGUGGCAGGCGUUCAUGUUCGGCCGCCCGACGAUGAUCGCGGCGCACCACUACAACACCGCGUACCCGGACUGCACGUACCACGGGCCGUUCCCUGCCGCGUUCUUCGGGCUUGCGGCGGUGGUCGGGGAGAUCAUGAACGACGCGGUCUCGUUCCGCUCGGUGCCCUACUCUACCGUGCUGGAGCAGGACAAGCUGCUGACGCGCUGGUACGACCACCUCCCGGCCGAGCUGGACCUGGACGAUUACGCGAUGGCGCGGAGCCUGACGAGUCCGGUGAUGGCGGUACAGCGGCUAGCGGUGCAAAGUAUUAUCGUGCGCACAGCGUACUACCACUUCCGGUUCACGGUGCACCGGCCGUACGCUGCGCUGGUUGCGGAGAGCCGCGAGAUCGCGGUGAGCAGCGCGUCGCAGCUGAUCGGGCUCAUCAGCCUCUUCCUCUCGAACAGGGCCGUCACGAUCUACGGGCACUUCACCUGGCAGCCCUUCCACGCGUUCUCUGCCGCUAUGUUCUUCUCCUUCCAGCUCAUCACGCGCCCCGACCAGCCCGCGGCGUACAUCUUCAAGGACAACAUCCGCAAGGCCAUGGACGCGCUCCAGCACUGCCGCUGGCUCGCCGUCGCGGACAAGGCGCUCACGAUCCUCGAAGCGCUCGCCCCGCUCUACUCCGCCGAGCUCCUCACGUACACGCCCGAAGAGCGCAAGCGCCGCAAGGCGCAGGUCCUCCGCCUCGUCCGCACCCUGGCGUUCCCGUACCAGAACGCGCCCGGCGAGCCCGUCGCGAGCUCCCCCAGCAUGCGCCACCCCUCCCGCAGCACCUCUGCCACCCGCUCCCCCCCGCAGCAAGUCUCGUCCCCCCUCCACGAGCACGGCCACACCCAGGUUCCCGUCUCCUCCGUCCGCUGGAACCCCUCCCGCCCGGAGCUUUCGCCCGCCAAGCCGUACGCUCAGCAGCAGCAGCAGACCCCGCCGCAACACUUGUCCCAACCGCAGCACAUCGCGUACGUCGGCGCAUCGCCCGCGCUCCCGCCGAUCGCGUACACAUCCCCGCACAUCGACGGGAUGCACCAGAUGCCGCCGCAGGCGCAGGGCGCCUCGGCCGUGGACGCGACGUACAUGCACCCCGCAGACGACAGCGCGAUGUGGGGCGCGUCGAUCGGGUUCGGGAUGGGCGAGUGGACGCAGUUUAUCGACGCGGUGCACCGCCCGGAGGGGCGUCCGCGUUGCAACGGGGAUACUUGA